AUGGCUUCAAGUGCAGAUUCAGAUGAAAACCCUAAUCAACAAGAAGAAUCGAUAAUUCCAGUUUUGACUGUCUUCAAGAACAAAUCGGUCAUCAAGAACAUUUGCAUUGUUCUCAACAACAGCGACGGCGAUCACAUCAUUCUCAUCGGUCGUCACCCUACCUGCAACAUUGUUCUCACUCACCCUAGCAUCAGCCGCUUCCACCUUCAGAUUCGCUUCACUCCCUCUUCUCGAUCCAUUUCGCUUCUAGAUGUAUCUUCCGUGCACGGAACGUGGGUGAGUGGUAGAGAGCUCGAGCGUGGUGUGAGUGUUGAAUUGAAGGGAGGUGAUAGCUUUCGACUUGGGGUUUCCAGUAGGGUUUACCUUCUUCGCUUUGUCUCCCAAUUCGAUGCAAAUGCAUUGAAGAACAUUGGUUCUUUAUAUUGUGAUGAUGAUGAAAUCAGGAGCCAAUUUAACGAAGAAACAUUUGAUGAUGAGAAUGACUCAUUUGGGACUGAAACAUCAUGUUGUGAAAAUGAACUGGGUACAUCUCAAGUCUGUUAUCUAUCUCCACCUUAUGUACAAUCGGUGGAUGAAGCAGAAAGAGAACCAAUAGUUGAAGCUUGUCCCGAAGUAGAGGUGAUGGGAGAGACUAAUUUGCUUUGCACAUUGAAGGAAUGUUUUAAAAACACCUUAUGUAAACCAGUUGUGGAAGCAGACGAAUUGCACCAACAAUCUUCUGCAGCAAAGAAGUGGAUUGAUCCUGAAGCAUCACUUAAUGAAAAAGGUGGUGCUGCAAUGGAUGAGAUACCUAAGCAAUCUGAUUUUGAUGGUGCUGCAAUGGAUGAGAUACCUAAGCAAUCUGAUUUUGAUGGUGCAUUCAAAGAUAGUGACAAGAUUGAAGAUAUUUUAACUACAGUAGCAAACGUCUUCAAUUCUGAGGUCAUGCCUGAUUCUGAAUCUCAUCAAACCAAUACUGAUGAGGAGGCUUCUGUGGAAUCACUCUCUGAUGGGGAAGGGUACUCACUCAAUGAAGUAGUUAAAAACAUGGACCCUUCAUCAUCUAAUGAAAAUGGUGUAGUUGCUGUGAAUUUAAAACCUAGAGAACACAAAUUAGAAUUCUUCUUUGAAGAAAAUGCCAGGCUUGACAAUAUUUUAACUAGUGUAGCAAGUCUUUUCAUGUCUGAAAACAAGUCUUCACUCGUUGAAGAAGCAAAUCCUGUAGCCAAUUUUCAACAAGACAAGAUUGUUGAAGAAGUUAAUGUUGAUUCACUAUCUGACGGAGAAAAAGAAAAUAAAUGCGACAAAGAGUUGCAGGCAUACAAGAAUUUUAUACCUAAUGAUGAAGAAGGUAACUCACUGGAUGAAACAGUUGAAGAUACUGUGAAAUCCUCUCAAACAGAGUCAUUUAAUCCUUCAGUAGCUCAGGACGCAGAUUUAGAUAUUACAGACAAGGAGAAUCAAACCCCGCAAUCUCUCGUUGCUGUGGCUGGAUGCUUUGAUUUGGACUAUGAAAGCUGUGUAGAAGACUCAGCAGAGAGAAGUUCAACCUUUGCUUGUGAUAAGGCUGUGAGUGAGCUUCAGAGUCAAACCAGGAAGAGUAGAUUAUUGAACACACCUAAUGUUGACACUAAAUUUGUAAUGAGUAACUUGAAGGAUAUCAGUGUCAUACGUAAAGCUAUGCAAAAGGAUCUUUUCUCUGUCUCGGAUGAAGAAGAAAUGUUCACUCCAAGUAAAGAAAACCUAGAAGAUAGUAAAAAUUCCAAUUCACAGAUGUCAAAGAGUUUGUUGAAGGCUAGUUUUAGUCACAACUUCUAUUCCGCAGAACGAAGUACAAGUUCCUUUUCAAACAAAGAAAACCUGACUCCAAUAGAAGCCCAACAAUGGCAGUCAGAGAGAAAGCCUCUUGAGUGUUAUGAUAGUGCGGGGUUAAGAAAAAAGAGAGUGGAGCGGAAACCCUUACAGUCACCUAUGCAAAAGGAUCUUUUCUCUGUCUCGGAUGAAGAAGAAAUGUUCACUCCAAGUAAAGAAAACCUAGAAGAUAGUAAAAAUUCCAAUUCACAGAUGUCAAAGAGUUUGUUGAAGGCUAGUUUUAGUCACAACUUCUAUUCCGCAGAACAAAGUACAAGUUCCUUUUCAAACAAAGAAAACCUGACUCCAAUAGAAGCCCAACAAUGGCAGUCAGAGAGAAAGCCUCUUGAGUGUCAUGAUAGUGCGGGGUUAAGAAAAAAGAGAGUGGAGCGGACACCCUUACAGUCACCUAUGCAAAAGGAUCUUUUCUCUGUCUCGGAUGAAGAAGAAAUGUUCACUCCAAGUAAAGAAAACCUAGAAGAUAGUAAAAAUUCCAAUUCACAGAUGUCAAAGAGUUUGUUGAAGGCUAGUUUUAGUCACAACUUCUAUUCCGCAGAACGAAGUACAAGUUCCUUUUCAAUCAAAGAAAACCUGACUCCAAUAGAAGCCCAACAAUGGCAGUCAGAGAGAAAGCCUCUUGAGUGUCAUGAUAGUGCGGGGUUAAGAAAAAAGAGAGUGGAGCGGACACCCUUACAGUCACUAAUGAAUUCUGGAGACAAUCACAAUUCGGCAAACUCCAGUCCUUUUUAUAGUCCUUUUGCUGCAAAAGAGAACCUGACUCCAAGGGGAGCCCAACAAUGGCCAGAGAGAAAGCCUCUGGAGUGUCGUGAUACUGCAGGGUUAAGAAAAAGGAGAGUGGAGCGAACACCCUUACAGACACUAAUGAGUUCCAGAGGCAAUCACAAUUCGGCAAACUCAAGUCCUUUUUCUGCUACAAAAGAGACACUGAUGAGUUCUGGAGGGAAUCACAUUUCUGCAAACGGAAGUCCUUUUUCUGCUGCAAAAGAGACACUGAUGAAUUCUGGAGGCAAUCACAUUUCUGCAAACCCAAGUCCUUUUUCUGCUGCAAAAGAGACACUAAUGAGCUCUGGAGGCAAUCACAAUUUGGCAAACUCAAGUCCUUUUUAUAGUCCUUUUUCUGCUGCAAAAGAGAUACCCUUACAGUCACUAGGGAGUUCUGGAGGCAAUCGCAAUUUGGCAAACUCAAGUCCUUUCAAUAAUCCAUUUUCUGCUGCAAAAUCCAUUCUUUGCGUCACUGCUAGAACCAGUAAUUCGAGACAUAUUUCAGACAAACACACUGAACCUUCUCCUAUUAGUGAAGAACGAAAGAGAAGCUGGGAUAUGGUUGUAGACGCUGCUUCUCUUAUGAAUGAGGAGUCAAGAAAGGCUUUACAGCUUCUACAGGGUCUCAAGGGGACUCGCUUAAUCAUUCCAGAAUCAGUCAUAAGAGAAUUGGGCAGCAUGAAACAACGGAUUGGAGUUUUUAGAAGGAUCUCAGAGACUACUUUGGCCUUGGAAUGGAUUGAAGAAUGCAUGGGAAAGACAAAGUGGUGGAUUCAUAUCCUUGACUAUGCUUUUCCUAUUGUUGAAGAUCAGAUCCUUGACUGUGCUCUUCAAUAUAGAAGAAAAGAUAAUGCUGGACAACUUGUCCUUCUUAGUGAUGAUGUCAACUUAAAAAUCAAAUCCAUAUCGGAGGGAUUGCUAUGUGAGACUGUGGAGCAAUUUCGUCGGAGUUUAGUGAACCCUUUCUCUGAGAGGUUUAUGUGGCCUAACAGCUCUCCUAGAGGACUGACUUGGUCUUGCCAAGAUGAUGUGAUUUUAAGGGAGAAAUAUUGCUGUUUCCCAUCAAAGGCUGGUUUGAAGCUCCUUGUCACUUAA